ACCGUUGGCUCUUUCACUGGCGCCACUUUUGAAAUGCAUAGCAAGUGGUAUGGAGUACUUAGUUAUUUCCAGAAGAAUCUACCAUAUUGGAAAUCAUCUAAAUACUAUCUUUGGACGAAAUUUACAAUUGCAAGUGGAGUUGUUGGCAUUGGGAUUGUAAGCUUAGCUGUACCUGUAUAUGCAUCGGACUUACAAGCUCAUCCUGCGAAACUACCUUGGAUACACAAUGGGAUAAUAUCUUCUUACGAUCAUGCUUCUAUGCGUCGAGGUUAUCAAGUAUACAAAGAAGUGUGUAGUGCUUGUCACAGCUUGAAGUAUAUGAACUAUCGACAUUUAGUCAAUACAGUACUCACAGAAGAUGAGGCUAAAGCGGAUGCAGCUGAACAUAUGUAUCCUGAUGGACCGGACGAUAAGGGAAAUAUGUUUGAACGACCAGGUCGGUUAACUGAUGUACUUCCAUCUCCUUAUCCGAAUAAAGAAGCAGCGCGUGCUGCUAAUAACGGCGCAGAACCACCGGAUCUGACAUAUAUUGUCAAAGCUCGGGAGGGUAAUGAGAAUUAUAUAUUCCAUCUCCUUACAGGUUAUAUGGAUCCUCCACCAGGUCGUACAGUUUCAGAUGGACAAUAUUAUAAUCCUUAUUUCCCUGGUGGUGGUAUAGGUAUGGCAAGAGUAUUGUAUGAUGAUUUAAUUGAAUAUGCUGAUGGAACACCUGCUACAACUAGUCAAAUGGCAAAAGAUGUAGUAACAUUUCUUUGUUGGACUUCUGAUCGAACUCAUGAUGAACGUAAACGUAUUUUACUUAAGGCAAUAGUAAUUACGAGCAUUGUAUUAGUAAUAAUGGGGAUAUACAAACGGAAACAUUGGUCAGAUAUAAAAACUAGGAAGAUUAUUUACAAAAAUCGACCAGUGCCGAAGGAUGUUUAGUAAACUUUUUUUCAGUUUUCAAUAGAAUCAAUAUCAUGUUCUCUCUUUAUGUGUGCGUAUGUUUCCUUCACUUUCUAUUGUUUGAUACUUCAUCUAUCUACCCUAAUAAAGGUGAAGAAAUGGAACUUUUAGAAUGAGCAUGUAUUGAUUAUUAGGAGUAUAUAUACACUUAUUUAUUCACUUACUAAUUAGUUCUAUAAGUUGUUCGUACAAUACUGGUCUGGCCAAUGCGUCUUGCUAGUUCGACAUUUGAUAAGAUUUUUUAAAAUGUAGCUUUUUUGCACAAAUUUUUUGUCUUCAUAUUAAAUGAAAAACUGGUGGGUAAUGUGAUGAGAGCUGAACAUAUAUGUUUCCACUGUUUUGUAUUGUAAAUCCACGAUAUUUGUUUAUUGUUCUGUAGGGUAUUUCUUGUAGAUGACUUUGUUUGGUAAACCUCACGGGUUUGUUUUUUCAAGUUCUCUGUUAGUUUUGAAGCUAUAUUGGUAGUGAAAAAAAGAAGUUAGAUAGUGCUCCUGCAUUACGGAUGAUUGUACUCAGUGAUUUUUAUUUUGAAUGGGUGCUGGUAUCCUGAAGUUCGAUUUUGACUUUAUAUGAGGAGCUUAUGGCAAAACUUUUAUGUUGAUUAUCGUUUAU